UUUCAGAAGUGUUCAGGGGGAUAGUGCUUGUGACGCUUCAUCAUUCGGUCCCGCCUUUUGCUGGCAUUUUUCUACACAACCAGACGACAGUUGUCACGGUUGUCACACCGUCGGUGAAUCGUGGGCUCGGUACGGGCAGACGUCACUCUGGUGGCACGUGACAUUGUCUUCUGGCAUCGACGCUGCAGUGCUGCAGUGGUGUGUCCCAUUGCAUAGUUGCUGUGCUGUGGCAUAGCAGAGGGCAGUUCUUUGUCAUGUGCGCCUUGCAGUUGUAGCAGGGAACGCGGCGCUUCUUGUUCUUCAAGGACCAGACCGAGUGAAUAGAAUGCCACGACCAGUGUCAGCACAGACACGCAAUGAUACUCAGAUGAAGAUGACCGUUGCCAAGCAGCUGCAGACAGCAGAAGAUCCAGUGGAGAAGUUGAGACUGCUCUGUCUACAGCGUGGCUCUACAGGGAUUCUGGGGCUUGGAAGAGUAUUUCGACGCAUGGAUGACAAUGGCAGCGGAGACCUGUCGCGCGAAGAGUUCGUCAAAGGAUUGGACGACAGCGGUCUCAGUCCCUUCCUGAGCGACGACGACUACGACAAACUCUUUGAGCAGUUCGACGCGGACAGCUCGGGAGCCAUCAAAUUCGACGAAUUCAUCCGGGCUAUACGGCCUCGUAUGGGCCCAUCACGAGAAGCCAUGGUAAUGAAGGCAUUCGAGAAGCUGGACCGCUCUGGGGACGGACAGAUCACAUUCGAGGACAUCCAAGGUGUCUACAGUGUCCAGUCGAACUCCGAGUACCUGAACGGCCAACGUACAAAGAAAGAACUCUUGACGCGGUUCUUGGCUAACUUCGAAGAAGGAGGCGUUGUGGACGGAAUCGUGACGAAGGAAGAGUUCUUGGACUACUACGCCGGGGUGAGCGCUUCCAUCGACGAAGAUGGUUACUUCGACCUCAUGAUGCGCACUUGCUGGAAGCUCUAGGUCAUCUCACUUUGUUUAGCUAUCUUCAUUUCCUCCAGGAGCCAACGAAAUAUCUACCAUUUUGUGAUGUCUACUCGUCCGUGUAGAAAUAAAGGCCCUCAAGCCGAGA